AUGCUGCUAGGUCUGGAGCAGUAUUUGGGCAUAGAUCCUGAUCUAUUGGAACUCCUGAGCCUACAAGGCUCCUCAUCUCAGGUAUUAGAAUGUCCAACUAGUGAUACUGAAGAAGAGCACGAAGAAGUUGUCCAGGGUUCAACAUGCAAAGACGAUUACCAUGAUCAUCAAUGCCAAAGUCAGCAACAGAUGAAAUUACAGGACAAAGAGACUCUGAAAUCUUUUCAUGAUGAAAAUAAAAGGCUUCGGAAAUAUGAGGAGGAGAAAAUGGACCCAAAGACUCCAGAAGACAAGGGAGAAAUGGAUAUACUAAAAGCGAAGACCAGUUUCCAAGCUGAGUUUGAUAAUGGUCGUCCUGGACUUUUGUUUCUACUCUCAGGUAAGCAGCAGAAUGCGAAGAGCAGAAGAAAACGAAAGACUACAAAAGCAACAUCGGGCAAAUGUGAUAGUGUUGUAUCAGAGGCUUCAGAGGCAGAAACUUCCUUCGACUCUGCGGAAUUUGAGCGCACUGUCAAGCAUCAGAAUUACCUAAGCGAUCUUGAAGAUAAGAUGUACGGAAAUGGAAAAAGUGUAUCUCUCAAAGAUUACUUGAGAAAGCCCACUGAGAUUGUUCUGGCCUCGGAAGACUCGCAAAGAAUAGAGAUUGUCGAGGCUAAAACGCAACCUCAACCCCUCGAGACUUUAGAACUGUUGGGUAAAAAGGUACAUGCCAGAAACUUGUUUGACGGAUUUCCUCGGAAAUUGAAGAAUAGUAAAGGAAAGUGGACGUUGAAAGUUCGACUUCGAAUCAGUCCUGAAAAAUUGGCCAUUAUAAAACGUUACGAUAAUCCCUUUACAACUAGGGGCACAACAGGAACGGGAACAGGCGCCAUGUCCAAAUUAAUGGCUCAAAAUUCGUCAUUGAAAGUUUCGUUGAAACUUCCAGUAAAGUUUUUGAAAGAAAUUGAAAGGUCUUUAAGUCCUCUCUACACUAAAAGUUCAGGACACAUUAAUGGAAAGCCAGCAAGAUCAGUGUUUGAGAUGAUGAUGCAAUCAGCCAACAAAUCAAGCAUGCCCAAGCUCACUCCAAUACAGAAACUUAAAGAACUUUAUCCUCCGAUACUUUGUCGUUCUCAAAUGCAUGUUGUUCCUGAUGAAGUUUUACCCAAAGCCUCUAGUUCUUACAUCCAAUCAUUUCCACUACGAGAUACUAAUAUGGCUACAACCUCAAACGAAUCCUUGUCUUGCCUACUAUCUGGAGAGAAGAAGUCGGCAUUUAUGUGUGCAUUUGAUAUACUGCCUAUACAAAAGAAAGCAAUCGAAGUGAAAGAUAUUACCGAGCUCGUUAAAGCUAACGCCCCUUUGGCAUUUUCAAAAGGACCCCAUAAACGAAUCUAUAAAGAUUUCAUCAUGAACAAAGCUGCAGAUAAUAGCUACCUGGUAUGGCCGCAAAAAUUUCAGCCCCAACAAGUCGAGGAUAUGCUUUUACCUAGUCAAAAGCGUGCCUUUAUAAAGCACUGGAUUGAAAAUGCGUUCAAGCUCUUGAAAGCACAAUCUACAAGGACCCCACUUAAUGUCAGACUAAAAGAACAACAACGACGCCAAAAGCAAAGGGAAGCAUCGGCUAUGUCAGGCUUUAUCGUCGAUGAUUUUGAGGAAGAUGAGACAACAGAUGAGGACAUAUUUGUGCCAAUUUUGAUUGUGAAGGGUCCUACAGGCUCUUGUAAAUCGUCCUCUAUUUAUGCGGCCAUGAAUGCAAUGGAUGGUUAUGUUCAUGAGAUCAACACCAGUCAACAGAGAUCUCGCAGAGAUAUUUAUGGUCCCCUCAAGGAGUUUUGCACCACUCAAAUAGUUAAUCAAAAUGGUGAAGCCAAAAAAUUUCAAAAAGGUGUUGUUCUCUUUGAAGAUUGCGAUGUCUUGUUUGAGCAGGAUAAGACAUUCUGGACUCUUGUUCAAGAUGUUCUAAACUUUUCAAAGCGGCCCAUUGUGUUAACGGUUAGUGAUGACUGUGUCAUUCCACGAUACAUUAAAGAUCUAGCAGCAGAACAGAACUCUAUUAUAUCAUUGAGCAUCAUAAACAAGGAAUCCAUGAGGCAAUAUAUUUGGUUAUGUUCUUUAAGUCAAGGUUAUAGUUUGAGCUCGCAAUUACAGGAAAAAAUAUUGAGCGAUUGUCACCAUGACGGAAGCUAUGAUUUACGGAAAGCACUAAUGAUGUGUCAAUGGCUUUGUGGGCCUAAGGGCUUAUCAGAUGAGAUCGUCGAGGUUCUUUAUUUCGAAAAACUCAGCGAUAAGUUUCAAAGUUUUGACGACGUCGACUUAAUCAGCAAGAAAAUCGACCUUCUCUCUGCAGCUGACAUAAUUUCACGCAAUACCGUUUCUUCUAUAUUGCAUGAUCGGCAAGAAAAAGAACUUUUGGAUGUUUAUGUCGUCGACGACUCUUUAAAUUUGACACAACCGGCCUUACCUCAUGAGGUUAAUGUGGGAGGGUAUAUUCAAGACACCUUACAAAGUGAUUAUGAACCAAAUACCACAUAUGAACUACACGGGAACCAAUUAAGGGAUAUAACGAUAGAAUUUCUCAGCUCCAGAAGCAAGCCUACUCCUGCUUUUUUGAGGGAUAUACAAACAUUGAGAUCGCAAACUAGAAGCCGGUCUUCUGCAACAUCAUUUGAGGAAAUUGUCGAGACACAGGGUUUACCAGAAACCUCAGUAUGCUAUUCGAUGCCGAAAUCAUCAAUAGCAUUGGAUUUAGCACCAGUCUCAAGAGCAUGGGCACAGUUUCAAAAGGAGAUAAUGAAAUGGGAUGCGCAACAUGCACAUGAAGAAGGGACUCGAUCUCUCGAAAAUUUUCUCAACUGGCGUAAGUUUCAUAGAAAUGUGGAAGAGAUUUUGAAGACAAUUUAG